AUGGCAUCUUCAACCGUUAAAAAGGACGACGCAGACCACGAUCAGUGGCAAGCAGCGCAAACAGGACAUGAUCAAUUCGAAUGGCAUCAGUCGAAUUUUCAUCAGAACCCGUCGUCUUCAACUGAACCCAAUACUGAUGCAGAUCUUCUGCACAAUCGUCUAAAUGCUCAAUUGUCUACAGAUGAAACGACGAAGAAAACAAAGCCAGAGGAUCCAUAUUUCAUCGACGAGGAAUUGCUUAUCGAACGCGAAGCUCUUCUUUCCGAAGAAGACAAAGAAAAACGUCACAAAGAAUCCCAGGCGUCAAAAGACGAAGGCAAUGAUUCAUUCGGUCGCGGCGAAUAUCAACAAGCAUUGGAGAAAUACAGCAAUGCCAUUUCCUUAUGUCCCAUGAAACACACACGUGACCGAGCGGUUAUCUAUGCAAACCGUGCUGCUUGUCUAAUGAAAAUGGAAAAAUACGAAGCUGCUGUUCAAUCAUGUACAAAAUCGAUCGAACUGGAUCCAACUUACACCAAACCGUACAUCCGCCGUGCUGAUUCAUACAAACAGAUUGAUAAAUUGGAAGAAGCACUACAAGACUAUCAAAAGAUCCUUGAACUCGAUCCAAAUAACGCCCAAGCCCGACGAGAAGUUUAUGUUUUACCGGAUCAAAUUAAGGAACGAAAUGAAAAAUUGAAGGAAGAAAUGUUAGGUAAACUGAAAGACUUGGGAAAUAUGAUUUUGAAACCAUUUGGUCUAUCGACAAAUAACUUCCAACUUCAACAAGACCCGUCGACUGGUUCUUACAGCGUUAAUUUUCAAAGAUAA